GGAUACCCAAGGCAAAGGAACUCAACUGUUGACAAGCCUUCUUCACGAGGCGCAUCUGUUCAAUAUGAUUCAAGGGACAUCAGACGCACCAAGAAGACUCGUAGCUAGAGGAUACUGACGACCACCAGUGUACUGGUGGAAGAAGAAGAAAACAGUUUAGAAACGGCUUGACCUGUCGUUGCUGAAGAGAAUUGUUGUGGUGUCACUGAUCACCCAUUUUGGUUUGUAAAAUAUCAUCAUCACUCUGAAGAGUUGGAUGCAUCUCUUGAGCACCAGCAGGACCAAACAGAACCUGUCCACCAGAACAACCUGAGAACCAACCUGAAACUCUACAGUCGCUCUAACUGCCAGCCAAGUCCACGCCACUCCUCAUCUCUACGACUUUCACAAUGCUCACCAGCACAGCACUUCUGUUUGGCAUCAAGGCAGCUUUGAUCGUGGUGGUGACUCUGGGAAUGGAAGUGGACAUGGUUCCUGUUGAGAAAGAUCACCUUGCACCAGCUGCUCCAAUUAAAUCAGCCCAACUCAAUCCAAGUCGUCACAUCAAACGUUGGCUUUUGAGUACAGAAAGAGCACAAACCACGGACAGAACAGCUGUAAGGACAAUCACAUCUGGAGUCAGGUCUGGGGCAUCACAAAUACAGUCAGACACAAGGGGUCCGAGCAGACAGACCAAGAUACUCCGAAUGAUCUCAGCCUUGGAGGAGCUGCACAAGACAUUCAACAGCACUCUGCGCUCACAAAUCACCAUGUUUUCACGAGCAAAUGGGAAAUUUUCAGGAAGGAAAACUAAAGUGUUGAGGCUACCAGCUGCAGAGGAGCAGGUUCAGUCAACCACCGCUACACUAACAGCUGACAGUACUGCAUCCAGGACCAGCUCAGACGGUCUCCCAAGCCUGACGGGCCGAGGCUACAGGAAGUCCCUCCCUCCGCAGACCAAGAAGACCAACAAAAGAGUGUGCUUUUGGAAGUACUGUUCCCAAAACUGAGGGUGUUCAAGCUGCUGCCCCUCCAUCCCAUCACGCUGUCACAAACAUUUAGUCACACAACCAUCACGCAUUAUAGUACUUUUGAAAUCAUGUCAGUGCCAAUCAAACUUGCUUCAAGCACAUUGCAGACAUUUGAACAGGUUUAUUUAUUUUCCCACAGAAUUAAUGGCUACAUGGCACCGACCUGUUGACAUAACUUGUUGGUUCGAGUGUAAGAUCCAUCCACCUGUCCAUCCAUCCUUCAGGCCAUGCCCUGCCUCUGUCUGGUCUUUGCCUUCCGACUGCUAGGAGACGGUUGCUGUGGUAUCUGGGCACACAGUCCCCCUCCAACUUCAAACCGGCGCCGGUCUUGUCUUGAACUUUUUCAUCCAGUGAUUAACAAGACUUACCAAUCAAAGAUGACGAAGUGUGCUUGUGGUGAAGGCACAUGAACAGACCCUUCCGCUAACCAUCUCUCCAUCAGAAGACAAAAGCAUCCGUUUUUUAUGUGUGCCAUCCCUAUAAUAAACUUUUACUCUAUCAUGA